GAUAUAUGAGGAGUCGCGGGAUUAAAUGCGCAUUGAUCAUUUAUUGUGGAUUUGGGAGCUAGGAUUUCUUUCUUGACGAUCGAACACUGGCGCGCAAAUCAGGGUUAAAGUAUAAUGUACCUCUUUGGAAAGAAAUCGUUCAAUACUCUCAGAUCGAAGGCCUGGGAAACGUGAAUAAGAUUGUUGAUGAUUUUAUAUAUAUUUCAAAAACUUUGAUAUGUUUUGAUAGAAAUAAUAAUUGGCAACUUAUUAAUUAAAAAAGGUAAUGAAUAUUAAUGACUGUUUAAUAUGGUUAGCAUACCAAUAAAAUACAUAUUUUGAAAGUUAGUACAUUAAAGUGAUCAGUCAAUGACAUAUGUACUACUGGCUUUGAUGCAAAAAUGAAUAUUUAUUAUCAGCUUAAAGGGAGUAAUUCAAAGCAAAUAUUGGAAGCUUUAAAUGAGUUGAUAUAGUGCAUAGAAUUCUCUGCAAAUACUCAUUUUCAAUUGGCAUGGGCUGAUUUGAAUGCGCGUAUACCUAAGGCACUUAAUAGUUUCUAUAGCUUAUAUUGUAAAAUACGGAAAUCUAAUAAGAGAAGAAGAUUUUGUGAAAAGAAUUAUUGUCGCAGAACGUUUGAGUUAUUUACCAAAUGAAAGCUCUCGGACAAAAACGAUCAGCCAAGCGUUUGUAUACAUGACGUCGUUAACAAUAGACUUCCCGGCAUGCAUCGCGCGGCGUUGUUAAAGGGACGUUAACUACAGAAGAACCUUCACCGACACUUUUGUAUUUCUUUAGUUUUUGUGAAAUAAUAAUGGCAUAGGAAAUAAAAUCGUUUCGAAUUUUGUGAAAUUGGUCAAAGGAUAAGAAAUCCGGAUUACAGUGUGCUGAAAUCCCCGUUCCAAUACGUUUUUUGACGUCUAAACCACGUCAUGAUAUCACCAACCAUGCAAGGAAAACGGAUUACCGUUUACGUCAACAACGACAAGUUCAAUCCAGGGAAAGUUGUUACGUUAAACACGCACCAGAUGCCGGAGUUCGAUGUCUUUUGCCAAUAUCUCACGGAACGGAUCCCGCAUCCGACGGGCGGACGGUAUCGGCGCGUAUAUACACCAAACGGCACAGAGGUCCGCGCGCUGGAUCAGAUCGAAGCUGGUCACGAAUACGUGAUCUCAAAGGAUAAAUACAGAAGACACGCUUAUAGGGACAUAUCUCCUACAAGACCGAGGCUUCGGGGCUUCAAGAAAAUAGAUAUAUCUCGCAUUUACACACCUGUUCAACAUGCGAAUGAAGAGAGACUACGACAAAAAUCAGGGCGAUCACACUACCUUAAUGAACACAGACGCGGCUUGCGACUCAGAAUUUCCUACUAUGGCCAAUAUCAGAUGCCCGUUCAUCACGCCACCAUUCCAUUCAACAAUUGUGGUGAUCUCGAAAAAAUUAUGAUACAGAUCGAGAGGGAACGUCAAGUUCCUCAAAUUAAACAGAUGUUUAAAGUCCUCAACUACGGAGGUUCACCAGAUAAUUUCAUAGAGAUCAAUGAUUGUCAGGAACUAAGCCAAGAGGAGCAUGUUCUGUUGACCUUCAAAAGAGAGGAUAAAAACAAGUUCCAUGAAUACUACCUACCACAAGGGAAACGAAACUUCACAGUAGCAGUUUCCCCGCGACACGGUCCGGCGUAUAACUUCCCUUCAUUCCCUGACCAAUCAACACCGAAAGGGAAGUCGGGUAGUUUGAAUAAACACCGCGUUCUGCCUAGCAUAGGUUCCAGCAGCAAGCACAGUGAACCAGCCUCCCCAUUCUCCAACCCACCUAACUCACAGGGAAGCAGAAAGCGGGGUAAAGGCAAAAAUAAUGUCCGCGAAGUAGACUAUGACCAGGAUCAGAGUGGUGUUUACCGAGCCAAGAAACAGAACAAUGCCCGUGGCGCUCAACAGGUUAAUGAGACUCGUGAAACACGAACUGAAAAACCAAUAGAUCAAAUGGAGGCUGAAACCGUUGAUGAGGAGGAGAUUCACACAAAGGAAAAGACAACUCCGAUCCCACCAGGGACCGAGCUCAAUAAGCAACCCUCCAAGGAUCUGAAACACUCUGCUGGUAACAAGAAGGGAAAGGCUAAGGGCUCAAAGGACUUUGAGAACAGUGAAAAUGGGAACCAGACAAGAGAUGAGGACCAAUCCUAUGAGGAAGCAGGCAUGCGGAGAAUCAAUGAGUAUGAUGACUCUUUCAACCAGUAUGAUAGAAAUUCUAGCCAGGCGCUAAAUAAGGAUUUUCGAUCCUCGACCCCUGCCUCAAGGGGGGAAAGUCGCCAAAAAAGAGAAAUUAAACAACACCAGGCUGCAGUUAAGAUCCAGGCUGGUGCACGAGGUUACAUGGAGCGCAAGAAAUUUAACGCUCGUAAGGAGGAGAUGAAACGGGAGAAGGAAUCGCGGGCCCGUGAUAACCAAACAAAGGAUGACCAGAAGGCAGGAGCUGGGGAACAGAAGUCUGGUGGAGGGCAGAAGGAAGGCAUGAACGAAGACGAAGCUGCAACAAAAAUUCAGGCCUCGUUUAAGGGUUACAAGACCCGAAAGGAAAUGAAUGUAAAAAAGCAGCAGGUACGUGAUUCUGAUGAGCUAGGUAGGCAGGAAAAAGUCGCCGCUACUAAGAUUCAGAGUAAUUAUAGGGGAUAUAAAGUAAGAAAAGAUUAUAAUAAGAGGAAAAAUAUGAGAAAUGCAGAAACAAAACAAGAGACUGAUAUAAAUGCCAAUGAAAAGAAAGAUGAUGAUAAGGAUACAGCUGAUGCUGCAGUUAAAAUCCAGAGUAGUUACCGUGGUUAUAGAACCAGAAAAGAACUCAAAGGAAAGAAAACUAAUCAGGCAGAAACAGAAAAAGACAGUAGUAAGAAAUAUAGCGAUGAUGAGGCCGCAAUAAAAAUUCAAGCAGGCUAUAGAGGUUAUAAGACUCGCAAGGACUAUUCUAAAAAAAAAGCACUAAAUAAGACUGAUAAUUCUAAAGAGGAAGAUGCUGCUGCCACGAAAAUUCAGGCAAAUUACAAGGGUUAUAAAGAAAGGCAGAAAUACCAUAAAGAAAAAGAGCAGGAAGUAGAAGACGAAGCUGCAUCAAAUGUGCAGGCUGCAUUCCGAGGUUAUAAAACACGGCAAGAAAUUUCAAAGGAUUCCCAGUUGCCAGAUCAGGCACCAACUCCCAGACCGGACUCUGCCGAGAUCAACAAAGCAGCAACAAAGAUACAGAGCAACUAUAGGGGAUAUAGAACCAGGAAAGAGUUUAAAGAUAAGGGUCAGAAGUGAGUGAGCAUGGAACCAGUCUCCCCUUUGGAUUUGCAAGCUUCUCCAUGAGUUUUGACCAGACUGGAUCACAACUUUUCCUUGGAUACUUUCUUUUUGUUUUAAGACGUUUUAGAGGAUGUCUCCUUAUCGGACAUAUUUCAAUAUUUAUUAUAGAGUAUUUUUUUUCUUCAAAUGUAUUUAUUUUGUUUAUCAUUUUCGCUUAUGUUAUUAAACAUAAUUAUUAUUCAAAAUGUAAUGAAAUUUUAUUUUAUUUUCCAUAAUACACACUGUAUUGGACCAUAUUCUGCAUAAUCAUUUCCACUUGCAUUAUAAAAAUUUAAAGUGUUUUAAGAGGACAAGUUAUUUUAGUUAUGAAACUCGUAUGUUUGUUAUAGAUAAUGUCUAUAUUGCGUACAUAUUCUGCUACAUUAAGUUCAUUAUGCUUUUCAAAAUUAGCAAAGACAAAAAAAAGAUGGAAAAAACAACAAAACAAAUACGCCCAAAAUAUCAAUAUUUAUUCUCAGAUUAUAGAUUUUGGUAAUAAUUAUCAUAAAACAAACAUCACCUCAUUUGUAAUAAAACUUUAGAACCCAUUUCUUUUAUAUAGGAUCUAUAUUAUAAAAGAUUUGUACUUGGGUUGAUGUUGGAAUGCCUGUGUAAUUUGAACGCGUGUGUCAUGGUGAUGGGAAAAGUCACAUAGAAACUGAAAUAUUCUGCAUAUUCAUAAUUGUUAUCCUUUCAUUUACCAUUUAGAACAUUUACAAAUUACUUUCACACGUUUUUCAUAGUCUUGCAUUAUAUUUUUUCUACUUAGGUAUGGACAUGCACAAAACAAUUUAUUCUGUUCUUAUUUAUUGAUAAAGAAAAAAAGAAUUUCCAGAUUCAUUUGUCAAACAUUUCUAUUAAGGAAUCAGACCCACAAAUAUAAGGUAGUUCUCUGACAGAUUUAUUACUCACAGCGUAAUGUUAAAUGUUGAAUUCUGGUGACCACAUACAUUUUGUAUCAUUUGAAAUUUCUUGCUCGCUUAUUACCAAUUACCAUAAGCACAUGAUACAUUAAGUUACUACAGUUGGUAUAAUAAUUUUGCCCUUUAUUUCAACUGAAAUCGGACAGACAGCUCAUAUUUUGCAAUCUUUGAAGGCUUUGCACCAUUAUCAUUUUCAGAAUUUCUUUUCAUUUUAUGCAUAAACAACCCUUUUAAAUGAUACCAAAAUAUUAUGAUUAACAAGGCAUUCAAAAUAAGCAUAUUUGUGGGCCUCAUACCUUGUAGAUUACACCUUUAAGAAAUGGAAUGAUUGGUUGAUUUCGAUAUAAAUGAUCAGACAGUGAUCUUGGGUUUUUUUCUCAUUAUAUAAUAUAACAUUGAUACCAUUUGUGUGGAUGUGUAUAUUUCUACAACACAUUUUAAAUAUACAAAUACAAAACAGUAGAUAAUAGUCAAAUGAUUGUUAUUAAUUUUACAUAAAUAAAACAUAUCACCUUUACACAUAUCAUAAACGACAAAUUUGUGGUACGUUUUCUAUGUCAGAUUGCCCUGGAUAUUUUAUAUUGUUGACUGUGAUUUUGUAACAGCAAUGUGUGUAUGACUGUGAUAACUUCUUGAGAUUUUACAAUGUUAGAAGUCAUUAAAUGUAACAUGUAUAUAGUAUUUCCUCCAUAUCUGCAGAGUAUUAUUUACCUAACUUUCGUUACUUGCGAUUUUCAUUUAUAUUUAUCGGAUAUGAAUAUCGCACUGAAGUAAAUCACAUAAUUUUUGAAAAUUAUAGAAUUAAUGACCAAGUUUGGCUGGAUAAAAUUCUAGUUGUUAUAAAACUACAAUAAAAUAGUCUGCUUUAGUUACUUGAUUGAAAAAGCCAAAAAUAAUGCUUGUGAUAUUUUUGUUGAUUUUUUUUCUUUCUAUUUUACAUAAUUAUUUUGUUUGAUUUUGUUUUAUCUGAAUGUUUAUAUAGUUUGCAUGACUAUAUCAUAGUUAAUAUGCUGUAUUAUACAAUAUUCUGUCUCACAAAAACAUAUCAUACCUACAUCAGUUGUUAUUCAAGUGAUGGUUGUAUGUACAUUGAGCAUUCAUUAAGACAGAAGUUUUAAAACAAAGAAAAGAUAAUAUGUCUAUGCUCUGUGAAGUUUUAAAGCAAAGAAAAUUUGAUUCCGCCCUAUGAGAAGUUUGAAAGCAGGAGAUAUUUGAUUCUAUCCUUUGCAAUGUUUAAAAAGCAGGGGAAAUUUAAUUCUUUCCUCUGCAAAGUUUAAAAGCAGCGGAAAUUUAAUUCUAUCCUUUGCAAAGUUUAAAAGCAGGGGAAAUUUGAUUUUAUCCUCUGCAAAGUUUAAAAGCAGGGGAAAUUUGAUUAUACCCUCUGAAAACUUUUAAAGCAAAGAAAAUUUAAUUUUAUCCUUUUAUCUUUUGUGGCAAUGGAUUAUAUAAACUGUUCUUCAUAUUUUCUUUACAGAAGUUUACCUUUUGUUUGUUGUACUAACAUGUAGACUAGAUUCAAAUAUUGCAUCAUUUUGGCUUAUGCAUCUCAGCUAUUUACGAAACACUUAUUGUUAUCAUUUUCAGUAUCAGACACAACACUUCACUGUUUUGAAACUCGCAACAUUCCUAUGAAUAUUUUUUGAAUAUAUAAAGAUGAGGAAAAACAAUAUCAAAAAUAUGUACAAUUGUAAUCCGAAAUAUAAAUGGAAUGUUUUUUGUUUUAUUAAAUGUCAUCAUAAAGGUAGAAAAUUGGCAAUACCGAUUAUCUAGUGUGUUUAAUAAGGUUUCUAUUUAAGAAAUAAUGCAGCCCAAAAUUCUAAAAGAUGACUGUAAAAUACAACGUAACCAUUUUUUCAACCAUCUAGAUAUGGUACCUAUAUUUGUGAAGUUUGAUAUUGUGUAACUGUUCAUGACGCUGUAUGCCUUUGUCAUAUCAAUAAAUGUACCCAGUUAA